UUCUUUUUUUUGUUUUUUCUUCUUUUCAUCAUUUAUUUCAGUGAUAUUUAGGAAAUGGAAUGCCAUGGUUAGUAAAAGGUAAAUUAAUCACACUCUAUUGGCUGUUUGUUCAGCAGUGUGCCUGUGUCUUUUUCUUUUAUUCCGAUUUCAUCUUGUUACCUGAUGAUUGUAAUUUGCGUCUGAACCCUGGGGUUCAACGUCGGUACUACGGCAGCUUUGUCUGCUUUGUAGGGACCCACCGACGUCCCACGGAUGUAGUCAACUCUACGCCAAACGUCUGAUAAUAGAUGAAAAAGGAAAAAGAAGAGAACAUCUGUGCAUAUACUCUUUGUAUUUGGACUUGUUCAGUUUACUAAAUGAAUAAUUUCUACUUUUUCUCGUUAGGUUUGGUUUCGAAGGACCCCUUGUUCUAUCCAGGUGCAUUCUAGAUAUUUCUUAAUACUUCAUUUGAUAUUUAUUUUCGCUUUUAAAUAAAGUUAUGUUAUGUAAUCUAUCGAA